AUGUGUGAUAACGCCUAUCAGAUUGUAUGAUUGUCAAUACUUCAGAUAAACGGCAUCAACAAUUUGAAAAUAUAAUCUAAUAUCAAUCUUAAUCCAUAUGACCUGUUAACAGAAAAUUGUCAACCACUUGACCGGACAACAGUAAACUCGGUGGCAGCGAAGAGACAUCAGUGCUCGGUAGGUUACGAACCCUACCUUCCGCAACAGUAACGUAAUUGUACCGUCGCGUCGUCGUCUCAGAUUGUAUGUACCCAGUCAAAACUUCGAAACAAACAGCCGUCGUCUAGUCGUUACAUUGGGGGGUCAUAACAAUCCACCCAAUAAAACAAAAAUUUCGUCAACAAUGACCGGUGGUGUCUCUGUUUCUUCUCGUAGCUUUUACACUAUUUUUAGAGAUUGACUCAACCGUGAGACCUCCCUGCCCAAAGUCGCUUAUGUAUGUACUAGCAAUAGGUGAACCUUCACAGCCACCACGCCGUGGAUUGAGACCGACAACUGCACGCUCCCGACUGUCACUAGCAGAUCAAAUCACUCAGCUCGUUAUAGUAAGUCACGCUGGACACUGGUUUCCAUCCUUGUGAUCGCGUAAAGGUGAAGCGUGUGUUUAAAAUUUUGCGAAAAAGUUAGAAAAAAAAAAGCUAAAAUCGGGACACACAUCCAAAACUUGGAACUGGGGGUUUUGGCGACGCAAACUUGCUCAACCAGUCGGAACUGAAGCGAACAACGCUGAUUAAAGCUAUCCACAGCGACCGUUCGAGGAGCAGUUCACGCAGAGGAUGAGUUGUGAUUGGACGUGAAAAUUUUGAAGGAAAACUUUUGCGGAUCUGAAUACGGGAGUUUUCUUUUCGAAACUUCGCUAUGACGGUUGCAAGUGUCCCUCGGGCUCCGCUCACCGCGGGAGCUACGCCCAAGUCCGACGAUAAAUUAAGCAAGAUGAAGGAAAUUAUCAGUGACACCAACAAUAACGACAUAUCUAUGAAUGAUGACAAAAGUGUUAGUGAUAAGGAUCUCGACCAAUAUAUCAAUCAUUACAACGAGUGGAAGCAAUCUAAAGCCGGGAAAUGGUCACAGGAACUGGUUGAGCGCAUCCUUGGAACAAAGUUUGACGCUGAAAUCAAAUGGAAGAAUGUGGCUAUGAUUGGUGGAUUACAUUUUAUCACGGCCGCAUUGUUCUUCGUUUACGUCUGGGAUUCUACUAUCAUCACAUGGGUGUGGGGUUUCAUUGUUGGAGGUUGCGCCGGUUUUGGCGUUACCGGCGGAGCUCACCGCUUGUGGACACAUCGGGCCUACAAGGCCAAGCUUCCACUGCGCAUCAUCCUGAUGUGCUGCUACUGCAUGGCCGGUCAGAACAGUUUGUACGAUUGGGUCCGGGAUCACCGAAUCCAUCACAAGUACUCCGAAACCGAUGCCGACCCGCACAACUCGAACCGGGGCUUCUUCUUCGCCCACGUUGGUUGGCUGAUGCUGAGGAAGCACCCGGAGUGCAUCAAAAAGGGUCGUCUGAUCGACAUGAGCGACGUGCUGGCCGAUCCGGUUAUCCAGUUCCACGAGAAGCACUUUGUAGCGCUGAAGCUUUUGUUCACGUUCGUCAUCCCGUCGAUGAUUCCAUGGUACUUCUUCAACGAAGACUUUGUUCUGUCGUUCCUGGCUAACUGUCUGCUGCGAAAUGCACUGACCUUGAACUUCACCUGGUUGGUCAAUAGUGCGGCGCACAUCUACGGCAACCGGCCGUACGACAAACGAAUUCAACCGGUGGAGAACAAGGCGGUAUCUAUCGUGGCACUGGGCGAAGGCUGGCACAACUAUCAUCACGUGUUUCCGUGGGACUACAAAGCGGCCGAGCUGGGCAACUAUUCGACCAACUUGACCACGUUCUGGUUGGAUUUGUUCGCGAAGAUUGGAUGGGCGUACGACAUGAAGGAACCAUCGAAGGAUCUGGUGCGAAGGGUUAUUCACAAGUAUGGCGACGGGACGCAUAUCACAACGCCAAUCGCCCAGUUGAAGGAAGUUCCAGAACCAGACGCUACAAAGUCUCAGUAACUAGGAAAAAAAUGCCCGUGUGUACCUUUUCUCACUUCAACACAGUUAGUUAAACUUUGUGUAUGAUAACGUUUUAAGUUAUAAUAGAUACUGCAUGUGAGGAAUAAAGUAUAGUCAAAUAUUUAUACUUCUUAAAGAAAGCUUGUUUGGUCGGUUCUAAACAUUCAUCCUACCUACCAUAUUUCAAUAAAAAAGCGUCUUCUACGAUUAGCAUAUUUUUCAGGGUGAUCGAUUUUUACGACGUUAAACACACCAUUCGUAACAAUCUUGGAUUGGACUAGGCUUCGGAAAAAAAAAUAAUCAACCAACUAACACAGCGAACGCGAAACAGCGUCGUCGUCUUAAGGCAUUUUUGAGACGUCGUUGUCGGUCGCUCUUAAUGAUCUCCACCAGAGCGCAUUAAAUGUUACGCAACAAAUCCAAGAUCCAACAACACAAAAGAGCUCCGAAAAAAAAUGGUUAACGAAGAAGGCCGAGACUAGAUAUCAACCUACCUGUUGCUGUUGCGCGGCUACUAAAUAAGAUAGUUGGAACAAGUUCGUUAGUUAGUUGGUCGCGAUCCACGUCGCGAUCUGUCCGACCACAUUGUUGAAAACAAACACAAAACGGCGAGGCAUCCAAGCGUGGUGGUGACCUUGACGGAGAUGACGAAUGAGGAAAACUAGGAAACCUUAAACGAAAUGCGUUUUGUUUUUGAAUGUUUUUUUUUUUUUAUUUGCUUCAACUCUUUCAUCAUUAGAUUUUUUUUAUUUUGUUUAGGGGAAAUAUGUGGUACUUCAGUUUGUAUCACAACCGUAAAUAUUACAUGAAAUUAAAGUUUCAGUGAGCCAGUGAUUGAAAUGUCAACGAGUAGAUAGCAGAUAAAAACUAGAAACAGCAGAUCGAGAUUGGAAGAUAGAACAUUGGAGAUAGAUAGGAGAUAUACGGUAGAAUAUAAAAGACAGAAACAGAACAGAAGAUAGACAGAAUUUUGCAGAAUAAGAACACUGAAAGUAGAAGAUAAGUGAAAGAGGAUUGAGAAUGAGAAAUAAAAGAAAGAAGAUUGGAGAUAGAGGCUUGAAAACAGUUUAGUAGCCUUCCACCCCCGGAAAAGAUGGUCCGUAGUGCAAUUCUAGUUGACAACUACGAUCAAAGCCGACCUACUGAUACGAUCAAAGCUUAUUUUUUGAGCGUAGAUACCUUAACAGGCAAAGGUCGAAACGUCGCGUCGGGUUAGACGAUAAAUUCGUUUCAAUUUGUCAACACUGCAUAGCACCGAAUUCAGUCGUUGAAGUACGAAGAUGUAAGACAGAAAAUGGAGUAUUGAAUAAAAAACUACAAAGAUAGAAUGCUACGAAGAUAGUAGUUAGAUGAACGGAGAUAGUAGAUAGGAAAACAAAUCUAUAAGACAGCAGAUGAAAAAUAAUAGACAAAAUCUGCAUGCUAAAUCUAAAUAUCAAACAGAUUGAGAGGCAAAAUCUGUAUUGUCUAUUGCUUUGUGUAAAAAGAAUCACUCAACCUGAAUCCUCGUCAGAAAUUCUCAACCAUCUGUCGUCUCAUAGAUCAACCAUUCACCGUGACACGACCUUAUCUCCCCCAAAGGCAAGUAUCUAACGCUCGGCGUUGUAAUAGAAACAGCAAAGUAAUUGCCUAGUGGUUUUAGUGCUCACCAACAGAGCGGUGGGCGAUUGAUGCAACCGAAUGAAUUUACGAUGUACUUGCACGUCAAUAAUCCGCCUUCCAACCGCGUUGAUGCCGGUAUUGCAUCCAUCGAUCCACUAGAGUUAGUGCAGGGUAACCAGCAGCGCAGCUUCAGUUCACUCAGCGUUGCCAUUUGUUGACCUCUCGUCAUGACUUGCACUGAACUCUCGGAGUCAGCUUGAGCCGAGAGUAGGUUAAGCAAACCGCCUGGAAACAAAAGCACAAGAAGAAAAUACAAAAUACGAUCGACUUGUCUGGCGUUGAUUGUUAUUGCACCAUGCGCUUGACCGAAGUCAAGACGUGCUGUAAAGAAGUCAUCUGCAAUACAAUAAACUCAUCUAAUUAAAUGUGUACAUCCAAAUAUGGUGACCGCUCCCUUUUUCAGCAAAGUCUUUAACACCUUUCCACCAAUUUGCCACCAAACUAUCUGUAAACGAUGUGUACAUAAACACAAACAUGAAUGAAUUGCCACCUCAUCGGUGCCGGUAUCCCCUGCUACUGUUCUUCACUGAUCAUGCUCAAUUACACGAGUUUCCAUCUACAGAUCUUCGAUCUCUGUAGGGGUUCAUAGACAAGAUUAGAACUCAAAUUACCGCAACUCGCUCGAUCCAAAAUUUUCGUGUAGAAAAGCUAACAGUGUGGAACGAGCUCACCAAGUUGAUUACAUUACAUUCUCGAAUCAUUUGUUUUCAAUUUAAGUUUCGAGUAGACCGAUGAGAACCGCUUUCCUCUAUAGGAGUGGUGGCGGGUCAAAGGCAUGAAUCAAACAGCAUGAUGAUCGUUUCACGUACCUACCUCCUCCGUACAUAGGUAUUACAGAAAGCAAAAGGGGUGCGAUGCCCCACACCUACUGUCUUAUUAAACAAUUUGACCGACUCACCGAGAUUGUAGCGGCGCACUCGGACAGGCGAUCAUGAUGAUGAUGAUGGUAAUUACACAUCGAUUGGGUCGGUUUGCUGAAUGAGUAAUUUUAUUGUCUUUAAUCACUGUUGUGAUUUUUUUUUGCAACAUUAGGGUUGAAUGGGAUUGUUGAGU